AUGAGUCUCAUUUGUCCGAUCUGUCAAGAUUGUCUUGCGAAGCCAGGCUUUUACACCUAUCCCAUUUCGGAAGCGCAAGAAAAGCCUCACCACCUGAGCUGUAGAAGCCUCAAGAGGUCCGUCGAUGCCGGUUGUUAUGCUUGCAGUCGCCUGUGGGCGGUGCUAGACCCCGAGGAAAGACAGCUGGUAGCGGCGGGUUCCAAUAGCCAACCUGAAGAUGCCGUCGCAACAAACCUACCCUCCGAAAAGGUCGAAACAAGUGAUAUAAUCGGUCCCCUCUCAAAUGUUUCAAUCUCCGAUGGGGCGCAAUUCGGUCACCCUAAAUGCUUCCUGUGGCAGGUUGCCUUUAACGCGGGACCUUUGAGCACACCGUCCCUGUCGAAGCCAAGACCGUACUGGCGUCCGGCAUUGUUGCUGAAGCCAUUCCAUGAAUAUUGUUCUGCAAAAUUCCACUCUGAGACCACGAAAUCCUCCGAGACUAUUAUCACUGCGAAAGGAUGGAUCAGAAAAUGCAUAGAAAGCCACGAACUGUGCUCCAAGACAAGUCCAACAGACACUCAGUGGUAUCCGACUCGUCUUCUUGACUGCAGUUCUCCAAACGACUCCAGCGUGCAAUGCCGGAUCAUCGAUACCGACAUUUCAAACCUUCAUGGUCCGUACAUGACUUUGAGCCAUUGCUGGGGAUCUGUAGACUGUUUGCGUCUGACUGCGGGAAACUACGAGUCUUUGACCAGAGGAUUCCCACUAGGAGACUUACCAGUGUUAUAUCAAGACGCAGUUUGGGUCACUCGGCAGUUGGGGGUUCAAUACCUUUGGAUCGACUCAUUAUGCAUUGUUCAGGAAGGUGAUGGACUGGCUGAUUGGAGAUUGGAAUCAACGCGGAUGGGGGAAGUUUAUGGCAAGUCAUACUGCAACAUAUCAGCAACACACGCCCCAAAUGGUCACAGCUCCAUGUUUCACAAUCGAAACCUAAUAAGCUUAACACCUCAGAUGGUCGACCUGCCCCUUGAAGGACAACUUGUCCGACACUUUGUGGUAGACUACAGCUUCUGGGACAACGAAGUAUCUCAAACUCCAAUCAACGAAAGAGCAUGGGUGUUACAGGAAAGGCUCUUGUCGCCUCGAAUAUUACACUUCGGAGAACGCCAAGUAAUGUGGGAGUGUCUUUGCACAGAGACUGCGGAGAUUUAUCCUGACGACUUGCCUGUCAACCUUCGGCCGUGCUCGACUAGUCUGAAAGGAUUCGGGAUCCCCAACCAAUCCACCUUCAACAACGACCUCCACGUCUACCUCUAUUGGGCUGAGAUAGUGAAGACAUACACAACCUGCAAGCUCACGUUUCAGCAAGACAAGCUAGUUGCUAUUUCUGCAAUCGCGAAGAAAGUCAUGAAAGCUCUAGGAGAUGAGUAUGUUGCCGGAAUGUGGCGCAAGUACCUUGCUCGGGAGCUGAUUUGGUCGGUGUCUGUAUCCACGCACCGGUUCGGCAUCGAGUACCGGGCUCAUGCAGAUGCCAUGGAUACUACCGAUCGGACACCGGUUACAUACACAGCGCCGAGCUGGUCUUGGGCAUCGACAUCCGGCAACGGUAAUCCCGGACUUCCAGACGUACCAGAAACAGAUGUCAUCAUUGCGGUCAAAGACUACGACCUCGACUAUGCUACACCAGAUACAACAGGCUUUAUAAGGGGCGGCUGGUUGAGGAUAUGGGGUGAAUUGAAGACGUUGAAACUAAUACCUUAUCGAUCUUCUCCUACAUGCACCACGGCGGACUGGGAAAUGGUCGUUAACGGCACGAAUGUCAGCAUUCUGUCCGAUUCUAAGGCCCGAGAACCCCAGCCUCAUGUAAUGCUGGACACUUAUCAUUCAGAAUUCGACGAGCAGAACUCGACGUCAACCUUAUUCUGUAUGCCAGCAAGAGAAAGGAAAGGUGAUGAAGGUAGCCUGUACGUUUUGCUACUCGAGUUACAGGACCGAGACUCAGGGACCUUUCGACGUAUUGGAAUGGCAAGAGGUUGGGGAAAGGAGGUGAAACAUCGAAUUUUGUGGGGUAGAGACAACACGACGCAGUUACCAUGCGAAGCUUUCAUCAACGGUAGAAGUUUGGUGCGAUUAGUAUAA